AUGUGUGCGUCGGUCAAGUACAAUAUCCGGGGUCCUGCCCUCAUCCCAAGGAUGAAGAUCAAGCACCGAAUCUACUACAUCACCCUCUUCUCCGUCGUCCUCCUGGGCCUCAUUGCCACUGGCGUGUUUCAGUUCUGGCCUCAUUCCAUUGAAUCCUCCAACGACUGGAGCGUAGAGAAGCGCAGUGUCCGAGACGUGCCCGUGGUCAGGCUGCCGGCCGACAGUCCCAUCCCCGAGCGGGGCGAUCUCAGCUGCAGAAUGCACACAUGUUUUGACGUCUACCGCUGUGGCUUCAACCCAAAAAACAAAAUCAAGGUGUUUAUCUACUCUCUGAAGAAGUACGUGGAUGACUCAGGCGUCCCAGUCAGCAACACCAUCUCCCGGGAGUAUAACGAACUGCUCACGGCCAUCUCAGACAGCGACUACUAUACCGACGACAUCAACCGGGCCUGCCUGUUUGUUCCCUCCAUCGAUGUGCUGAACCAGAACAUGCUCCGCAUUAAGGAGACAGCGCAAGCGCUGGCCCAGCUCUCCAGGUGGGAUCGAGGUACAAACCAUCUGCUGUUCAACAUGUUACCUGGAGGUCCGCCAGACUAUAACACCGCUCUGGAUGUCCCCAGAGACAGGGCUCUGUUGGCUGGUGGUGGCUUUUCUACAUGGACUUACAGGCAAGGCUACGAUGUCAGCAUUCCUGUCUACAGUCCGCUGUCAGCUGAGGUGGACCUUCCAGAGAAAGGACCGGGUCCCCGGCGAUACUUCCUCCUGUCGUCUCAAAUGGCUCUCCACCCCGAGUACCGAGAGGAGCUGGGAGCCCUCCAGGCCAAACACGGAGAGUCAUUGCUAGUACUGGAUAAAUGCACCAACCUCUCCGAGGACGUCCUUUCCGUCCGGAAGCGCUGCCACAAGCAUCAGGUCUUUGAUUACCCCCAGGUGCUGCAGGAGGCUACGUUCUGCGUGGUUCUUCGUGGGGCUCGGCUGGGCCAGGCAGUACUGAGUGACGUUCUGCGGGCUGGCUGUAUCCCCGUUGUCAUUGCAGACUCCUACAUUUUGCCCUUCUCCGAAGUGCUUGACUGGAAGAGAGCCUCUGUGGUUGUGCCAGAAGAAAAGAUGGCAGAUGUAUACAGCAUUUUGCAGAACAUCCCCCAAAGACAGAUUGAAGAAAUGCAGAGACAGGCACGGUGGUUCUGGGAAGCAUACUUCCAGUCAAUUAAAGCCAUUGCCCUGGCCACCCUGCAGAUUAUCAAUGACCGGAUUUACCCCUAUGCUGCCAUCUCCUAUGAAGAAUGGAAUGACCCUCCGACUGUGAAGUGGGGUAGUGUGAGCAACCCACUCUUCCUCCCACUAAUCCCACCACAAUCUCAAGGUUUUACCGCCAUCGUCCUCACCUACGACCGAGUGGAGAGUCUCUUCCGGGUCAUCACAGAAGUGUCUAAGGUGCCCAGUCUAUCCAAACUGCUAGUGGUCUGGAAUAAUCAGAAUAAAAGUCCUCCAGAAGAGUCCCUCUGGCCCAAAAUCCGGGUUCCAUUAAAGGUUGUGAGGACGGCUGAAAACAAGCUGAGUAACCGUUUCUUCCCGUAUGAUGAAAUCGAGACAGAGGCUGUCCUGGCUAUUGAUGAUGACAUCAUUAUGCUGACCUCUGAUGAGCUGCAGUUUGGUUAUGAGGUCUGGCGGGAGUUUCCUGACCGGUUGGUGGGUUACCCAGGUCGUCUGCAUCUCUGGGACCAUGAGAUGAGUAAGUGGAAGUAUGAGUCCGAGUGGACCAAUGAGGUGUCCAUGGUGCUUACAGGAGCAGCUUUUUAUCACAAGUAUUUUAAUUACCUGUAUACUUACAAAAUGCCUGGGGACAUCAAGAACUGGGUGGACGCUCAUAUGAACUGUGAAGACAUUGCCAUGAAUUUCCUGGUGGCUAAUGUCACGGGGAAAGCUGUCAUCAAGGUAACACCGCGGAAGAAAUUCAAGUGUCCAGAGUGCACAGCCAUUGAUGGGCUUUCUCUGGACCAGACGCACAUGGUGGAGAGGUCUGAGUGCAUCAACAAGUUUGCUUCUGUCUUUGGGACGAUGCCUCUCAAGGUGGUGGAGCACCGAGCCGACCCUGUCCUGUACAAAGACGACUUUCCUGAGAAGCUGAAGAGCUUCCCCAACAUCGGCAGCUUAUAA